AACAAGUGAAAGCCAUCAUUGGGCCAUUGACAUCCAUGCAAGCAAAUUUUCUAAUUCAUCUUGGAGAAGAAGCUCAUGUCCCCAUUAUUUCAUUCUUUGCAACAAGUCCUUCCCUUUCUUAUCUUCGGAGUCCAUAUUUUUUCCGAGCUACUCUAAAUGACUCAUCUCAAGUACAACCCAUAACUACUAUAGUUCAAGCUUUCGGAUGGAAAGAAGUUGUACCCAUUUACACAGAAAAUGAGUAUGGAGAAGGGUUGAUUCCAUUUUUGACCGACACAUUUCAAGAAAACAAAAUUCGUGUUCUGUACAAAAGUACAAUUCGUCCUCUGGCCAGUGAUGAAGAAAUUGUUGCAGAGCUUUACAAGCUCAUGACUAUGCAAACCCGGGUUUUCAUAGUACACAUGACUCGCUCUCUUAGCACUCGCUUAUUUACCAAAGCAAAUGACAUCGGGAUGAUGAGUGAAGGGUAUGUCUGGAUCAUAACUGAUGGCAUAACCAAUUCCUUGAAUUUUUUCGACCCUUCAACCAUCAUCAACUCAAUGCAAGGGGUGAUUGGUGUAAAACCACAUGUUCCAAAAAGUAAAGAACUUGAAGAUUUUACUAGUAGGUGGAAAAACAGAUCACACCAAGAGAAAACUAGUAGUGAUCUAAAUGUUUUUGGGUUAUGGGCAUACGAUGCGACCACAGCCCUGGCAAUGGCGGUUGAGAAAGUUGGCGCGCUAAAUUUUAGCAUUUCGAACAUUGCAAAAAAUUCAACCACCGACUUUGAAAGUGUUGGAGUGUCUCAAAAUGGUAUUGAUCUUCGCCAAGCUCUUUCAAGCGCUCCUAGAUUUAGAGGACUCAGUGGAGAUUUCAGCUUUGUCGAUGGGCAAAUACAAUCGUCUGCUUUUGAGAUUGUAAAUGUGAUCGGAAAUGUUCCAAAAAGGAUAGGAUUUUGGACGCCGAAACAAGGAAUUGUACGAGAAUUAAAAUUUGAUGCAGUGAAUACGACGUCUCGGACCAACCUUAAAGCUAUUACGUGGCCAGGUGAAACUACACAUUUUCCGAACGGACGGAAUGUGCCAACAAAUGGAAAGGUGCUGAGAGUGGGAGUUUUAGAGAGGCAUUUUCAGAGUGAUUUUGUGAGGGUCGAGAGGGAUUUAAUCACUAACAAGCCGAGUUUCUCUGGGUACUGCAUAGACGUUUUCAAAGCUGUAAUGGAGGCGCUGCCGUAUUCGGUUCUCUACGACUUCUUUCCCUUUGACAAGGGGGCUUAUGAUGCAUUGCUGCGCGAGCUUUCCCAUGGGAAUUUUGAUGUUGUGGUUGGAGAUAUUACUAUUAGAGAAAACCGCUCUCAUGCUGUUGACUUUACAAUUCCAUACACUGAAUCUGGAGUGAUGAUGAUCGUUCCUUUCAAAGACAACAAGAAUUACAACAGUGCAUGGGUUUUUUUGAAGCCAUUGACUUGGGAUCUAUGGGUGACAAGUGCUUGUUUCUUUGUGUUCAUUGGGUUUCUGGUUUGGAUCCUUGAACGUCAAAUUAAUGAAGAUUUUAAUGGGAAUCCUCUACAACAAGUCAGCACAAGUAUCUGGUUUUCUUUCUCAACCAUGGUUUUCUCUCACAAGGAGAAAGUAGUAAGCAACUUGGCAAGGUUUGUGGUGAUCAUAUGGUGUUUCGUGGUCUUAAUUCUAACUCAAAGUUACACGGCUAGCUUAAGCUCAAUGUUGACUGUUCAUCGACUUGAACCAUCUAUUACUGAUGUGCAACAGCUUAUAAAGAAAGGGCAUCCAGUUGGUUACCCAAAUGCCUCAUUUGUUGGUGAUAUCUUGAAAGGAAUGGAAUUCAGCGAGUCUCAACUUAAGGGCUAUCAUACUGUGUACGGAGACUUGAAUGCCGCUUUCUCGAAUAAGAGUAUAGUUGCUGCUUUCGAUGAAAUUCCUUACUUGAAACCCUUUAUUGGAAGACACUGCUCAAAUUAUACCAUGGUUCCACCAACCUACAAGACUGGCGGCUUUGGCUUUGCGUUUCGUAAAAGUUCCCCUUUAGUACGUGAUGUAUCAACAGCAAUCUUGCAUGUGAUUGAAGAAGCUUAUGAGCACAAGAGUUUCUUGAUGCACUUGGAUCUCAAAGUUUUGUGGAGGAAGUACAUUCUCAAACAUGAAGACACUGUCACUGCCACGGGCAUUGACACUCACCAAGAUCAGGCAAGUCCACCAUCAUCACCUUUGUCAAUCGCUCCAUCACCACCUACUCAACACUCUCCCACUCGAUCAACUGUUUCAGAUGACACCGAUGAGACUUUUACUCAUUUCAAAGGAGAACUGGCCGAAUCUCACAAUCCAAGACACCGAGAAAUUAUCAUUUAUAUCACAAAUGAAAAUAGUUGAUGAAUUAUUGUGUAUUACCAACCUGAAAAAAAUUUGAAAAACAUUUUCCUUUUUAUUUCAUAGAUAUGUAAUGAAGCACUUGUGUUUAAAUUUUAAAUAAAAUUUCUUAGUCUGAAUUGUAAGAAAUUUUCAUAAUUAGGUUGUGAC